AUGACCAUCAUCAUCCUCUCCGUCAACGCCGGCAGUUCGUCGCUCAAAACAACCGUGUUCAUCGAGGAAGAUGAUGCCGCAGGCAACCGGAGCCUGCGACGGUUGGGUAGCGCCGAGAUCUCCGCCAUCAAUCAGCCUCCAGCCAAGUUCAAAUACAAGCGAGGCUCCUUCAAGACCGACAGCGAGCUGGGCGACAUCCACGACCACAACGGCGCCUUUGAACAUAUUCUCAAUGCCUUCAUCUCAGACGCCGAGAUCCCUGAGGUGUCCAAGAAGGAAGACAUCCAAUAUGCAUGCCAUCGUGUGGUGCAAGGAGGGCGAUUCCGGGAUGAUCGCCUCUUGACGAAGGAGACAUUUGAUAUAAUCAACAAACUGUCGGAUCUGGCACCAUUACACAAUGCCUCCGCGGUCUCCCUCAUGGUUACCUGCCACCAACAACUUCCAAAGGUCAUCAAUGUCGCAUGUUUCGACUCUGGUUUCCACCAGACCAUGCCCGAUUACGUCAAAAGCUAUGCGAUCGACCAGAAGAUUGCCGAGGAAAAAGGACUGCGCAAAUAUGGCUUCCAUGGACUCAGUUACAAGUACAUAACAAGACGAAUAGCCCAGCACCUGGGCAAACCACAAUCUGAGACAAGCCUCAUAGCUCUACAUCUUGGGAGUGGUGCUUCCGCCUGCGCAAUCAAGAACGGAGAGUCGAUAGACACCACCAUGGGUCUGACACCAGUGUCAGGUCUGCCUGGUGGUACCAGAACCGGAGAUAUUGAUCCCAGCUUGGUCUUCCACUACACUUCGGACGCGAGUGCGCUCAGCCCCAACAGCACCAAAGAUCUCCAUAUCUCGACGGCGGAAGAGAUCCUGAACAAGCAAUCCGGCUGGAAGGCGUUGACCGGAACCACGGACUUCUCGAAAAUCGCGGACCCGAAUGCGCCAGACACCCAUAAACUGGCGUUCAACAUUUUCGUCGACCGAAUCUUGGGCUAUGUCGGCAACUACUAUGUGAAGCUGGACGGUAAAGUCGAUGCGCUGGUCUUUGCUGGCGGCAUCGGCGAGAAAAGUGCGUACCUGCGGGAGGUGGUGACCCAGAAGGUGGCCUGCCUGGGCUUUAGCCUCGACAAGGACAAAAACAACAACGCAGCCGAAGGGGGCGAUGUGGUCGAUAUUGGAACUAGCGAGACGGUGCGGACCCUUGUCUGCGAGACAGACGAAGACUACGAGAUGGCGUGGAAUACUGCUAUGCAUCCGGAGCGAGGGUCCAACCCGGCCACGUGGUAG